CCAAGAUCAAUGUCGAAUGUGCACUGUAACACACGCGUUAUGGGUGUGUGUUGGGUCAUCAUUACGUAAUAGCUUUGUGGUCAGUGCUUUUCACGAGAAGACUUGUAUAGACUUCACGCCAGAGAACAGCUCUCCAAAUCUUACGAAUCGAAUCUCGAGAAUCCAAGCCUCUUUAGUACUCGGCUGUCCAUAAGAUAUCGCCAUCGACAUCAUCAUGCCCAGUUAUAAACUGAUCUACUUUAAUGUUCGUGGUCGUGCCGAGACGGCCCGCAUGUUGCUUGCCCUGGGUGGUUGCGAGUUCGUCGAUGAGCGUUUCGAAGUCGCCGAAUGGCCACAGCGGAAGCCCGACACAGCUACCUUUCCCAUCGGACAAGCUCCCGUUCUGAUGGUGGAUGACAGAGUGAUACCACAGAGUAAAGCCAUCAACAGGUACCUAGCCAGAAAGUUUGAUCUUUAUGGAGCAAACGACUUCGAACGAACUGAGAUUGAUAUCGUCCUCGAAACCAUGAACGACCUCGAGCUAAAGGUUACUCUUAUCUAUGCGCACCACCCUCCUGAGGACGAGAUGGCGAGGCUGAAGAAAGAAUUUGCGGAAAAGACAUCCAAGCCCUACGUUUCUUACCUUGACCAACUAAUAAAAAAGGCAGGAGGGAAGUAUUUUGUAGGAAACAAGAUCUCACUCGCCGACAUCCACGUCUUCACCAUGCUCGAGAUGUUUACUGACAGUGCUCGAGGUAUAGAGGGCGUCCUUGAUGAUUACCCUGAUCUGCGAGCCUUCUACAAGUAUUUCAAAGAGGAGGGUCCACUCAAAUCUUACAUUGCAUCGCGGCCCGCCGCAGAUUAUUAGAUACAGAUCGUGGACUUGUUAUGCUGCAACAGGUAGUUUUCGCUUUUCCACCACGCAAGACGGGAUUAAGAAUAUUGUAAAUGUAUUGAAAAUGCCCUUCAAUGACAAAAAAAUCAAUCCAACAAACAGACAAAGAGCUCGGCGGUCUUUUACGGAAAAAAAAUAAUAUUCCGAUUUUAUAUACCGCUUAGCUUAAUACAUCUAAGCCGGCGCUUUAAAGAUGUAUCAUUACCCCAGUCGUCGGAUUCAAUCAGUGAUUUCGCACACAAUGUGUACACAUUCUCCACUCCCUGAGAGGUAUUCCAGUUAGUCGCCGGUGAGGCGCAGACAGUAUAUGCCUACUGGACAAGCUACAAUUACUUUCACAUCUUACCGGGUACCCAUUUAGCACCUGGGUCGAGAGUGGCAAAGCGUGGAUUAACACCUUGGCAAAGGACGCCAGACAUCGAACACACGACCCUCU